GUUAUCCUUUACAAAGGGGCACUUCCCGAAGAUGGCCGAGUGUGCACAUUUCCACUAUGAAAACGUUGACUUUGGUAACAUACAGCUCUCGCUCCCAGAGGAACAGAACGAAGUGACAAGGAAUGGCUGUGAGUCCAAGGAACUGGUGUACCUGGUGCAGAUCUCCUGUCAGGGCAGGAGCUGGAUCGUGAAGAGGAGCUAUGAGGAUUUCCGGGUGCUGGACAAACACCUCCACCUGUGCAUCUACGACCGCCGCUUCUCGCAGCUGGCCGAGCUGCCCCGCUCCGAUGCCCUGAAGGACAGCCCCGAGCUGGUCACCCAGAUGCUGAUGGCUUACCUGGCUCGGCUCUCCAACAUCGCAGGCAACAAGAUCAACUGUGGCCCUGCCCUCACAUGGAUGGAGAUUGAUAACAAGGGGAAUCACCUGCUGGUCCAUGAGGAAUCGUCCAUUAAUGUCCCUGCUAUUGCUGCUGCCCAUGUCAUUAAGAGAUACAUUGCUCAAGCAGCAGAUGAACUGUCCUUUGAGGUGGGGGACAUCGUGUCUGUCAUUGACAUGCCACCAAAGGAGCUGACCUCAUGGUGGAGAGGAAAACAUGGGUUCCAGGUUGGAUUCUUUCCCAGUGAAUGUGUUGAACUCAUCAACGACAAAGUCCCUCAGUCCGUGACCAAUUCGGUGCCAAAGCCAGUGUCAAAGAAGCACGGGAAGCUUAUCACCUUCCUCCGGACAUUCAUGAAGUCACGCCCAACGAAGCAGAAACUGAAACAGCGGGGGAUCCUCAAGGAAAGGGUGUUUGGCUGUGACCUGGGGGAGCACCUGCUCAACUCUGGCCAUGAUGUGCCCCAGGUCCUCAAGAGCUGCACUGAGUUCAUCGAGAAGCACGGCAUUGUGGAUGGGAUAUACCGGCUUUCUGGGAUCGCCUCCAACAUCCAGAAACUCCGCCACGAGUUUGACUCGGAGCAGAUUCCUGACCUGACCAAGGACAUUUACAUCCAGGACAUCCACUGUGUGGGCUCCCUGUGCAAGCUGUACUUCCGUGAGCUCCCCAACCCCCUGCUCACCUACCAGCUCUACGAGAAGUUCUCAGAUGCUGUUUCUGCUGCUACAGAUGAGGAGAGGCUGGUUAAGAUCCACGAUGUGAUCCAGCAGCUGCCCCCUCCCCACUACAGGACACUGGAGUUCCUAAUGAGACACUUGGCUCGUCUGGCUGAUUAUUGCUCCAUCACAAAUAUGCACACCAAGAACUUGGCCAUUGUCUGGGCUCCAAACCUCCUCAGGUCCAAGCAGAUCGAGUCUGCCUGCUUCAGCGGCACUGCCGCCUUCAUGGAGGUGCGGAUCCAGUCGGUGGUGGUGGAGUUCAUCCUGAACCACGUGGAUGUGCUCUUCAGCUCCAAGCUCAGCUCCGUCAUCCGCGACGGGGCAGGGCACAGCUCUUUAUCCCGGCCCAAGUCUCUGCUGGUGUCCUCCCCCUCCACGAAGCUGCUCACACUGGAGGAGGCUCAGGCACGGACACAGGCCCAGAUCAACUCUCCCAUUGUGGCAGACAGCAAGUACAUCGAAGUGGGAGAAGGCCCAGCAGCUUUGCAGGGGAAAUUCCACACAGUCAUUGACUUCCCUUCUGAAAGGAAAAGGCCUCCAAGCAAGAUGAAGAAGUCUCCAGUGGGGAGCUGGCGUUCCUUCUUCAACCUGGGAAAAUCCUCCUCUGUGUCCAAGCGCAAACUGCAGCGCAACCCCAGCGAGCCCUCGGAAAUGAAAGCCAUAGCCCUGGCAGGAGGACGAGGAGACAGCGGGACGCUCCGCUCGGCCAAGAGUGAAGAGUCCCUCACCUCCCUGCAUGCUGUGGAUGGUGAAUCCAAACUGUUUCGGCCCAGAAGGCCCAGGUCCAGCAGCGAUGCCCUGUCUGCCUCCUUCAAUGGGGAUCUCCUGGGGAACAUGAACCGCUGCAACUCCUAUGACAACCUCCCCCAUGAUGACAGUGACGGGGACGAGGGGCUCAUCCACGUCCCUGCCCUCAUCUCUCCCCGCUCCUCGGAGGAUGUGGACCUCAGCCCGCCGGACAUCGGUGUCGCCAGCCUGGACUUUGACCCCAUGUCCUUCCAGUGCAGCCCCCCCCAGGCAGAGUCCGAGUGCCUGGACAGCAGCACCUCCCUGAUGGAGUCCAUCGAUACUAAUAAGGAGAAGCCGAGCCUGCUCAAGAAGGAUUUAGAAUCAGGCAGCCAGUCCCAGACCCCAGGCAGUGCCACGAGCUCUGAACCAGUGUCCCCUUUCCAGGAGAAGAUGAGUCCCUUCUUUACACUGGACCUGAGCCCCACAGAAGAGCAGCCCUGCAAACCCCCCAGCUUCUCACCCAAGACAGCCCGAAAACCCAUCAAAUCUCCACCACUGAGCACAGAACCCACCUCCUUUGUGCUGCCCAGCCGUGUGCCAGAGGCCAUGGGAGGAGUGCCCACCAUAUCCAGGAACUCCUCUGCUUCCAGCUGGAGCAAAGAGAUUGGCAUCACUGAGAUCACAAACAGGUCCCCAACUCAGAUGUCCUUGCCCCUGAAAAACAGUGAAACAGGAACAGGGGAAGGAGCCCACCAAGAGCUGCAGCAUCCCCAGCUAGUGGCUGCUUGUAAAGCAGAGUUUCCAGAAGAAGGGGAGAGAGCCAUGCCAAGCAGUCAGACUAAGACUGUACCCAGUGGACACACCCAGCCAGGAGCAGUUGCCCUCGACUCCCCCCAGGAUCCUGUUCCUGUCAGUUCUGUGUCUCUUAUCCCUCCUCCUCCUCCGAAAAACGCAGCGCGCAUGCUGGCCCUAGCGUUAGCCGAGUCCGCACAGCAAGCAUCCGCCCAGUCCCACAAAAGGCCAGGAGAUGCUCAUGCUGAAAGCACAAAUUAUGGAGAGGCUGAAGCUGGCACAGCUUUAGAAAAACUCCAUCUCUCUGCGGGUGCUCCCGACAAGCUCCACCUGUUCACUGCUCUGCCCGAGAACCGCCUGCACUUCCAGCCCGGGGCACCUUUAGAGCAGGACUGCCAAGCCGGGGAGCAGAACCACCCGCCCGGCGCACCUGGAGGCCAGGAGGCCCCGCCUCUCCACACCGGCGUGCCCGGGGACACACCUGGCAGCAGGGAUGUGGAGCAGGAGCAGUGCAGCUUCCACCCCGGCAGAGCGGGGGACAAGGAGCCCUUGGCGGCCCUCGCGGGGGACUGGGAGCACGCGGCCCUCCACGGCCCAGGGGCGCUGCCGGAGCAGGAGCUGCCCGGCACGGAGGCGGCUGUGGAGCAGCCCCAGCUGCGCGUGGGCCCGGCUGGGGACAAGCUGCACGCUCCCUGCGCGGCCGAGGACAAGCUGCAGUCUCCCUCCGUGGGUCCAGCCGGGGACAAGGGUGCUCCGGCCGCGGUGCCGUACCUGAGCACCCUCCCCAGCACGGCCGCCGAGCCCCGCGCCCCGCCCGGGGCCGCCCCCCAGGCAGAUGGCACCGUCCCGCGCACGGUCACGGCCCCAGCACAGAGACAGGAGCACCAGGCAGCCGUGGGACAGGUGCCAGCGGCCAAAGCACCCAGCGGCUCUGGGCAGAUGUGGAGCACUGCUGCACCUGAAAAGCCUCCGGAAUCCGCGCCUGGCUUUGUCUCUGAGAGCAGUUCCAGUGCCCGUGGCUCCUCUUCCAUGCCCACAGGCCACCAGAGCCACUUGGAAAAGCCUCGGGAGAGCAUGAGGGCCCCCCCGCUGCACCUGCGCUCCGAAUCAGUCCCUGCUCCCUCCUCCUACAGCUUCACCCCGCCCGUGCCACCCGUGAGGACGCUGGAGAGCAAGAUCGCAGCGGCCAUGCACUCUAACAACACGGACACCAUCAACAACUCCAACUACCACUCCUUCCUGGCCUCCUCUAUGCUGGCCUCUUCUGUGGAGGAGGCGCUGCUGCCGCCGCCGCCACCGCCGCCUCCCAAGCACUCAUCGCUGCAGCCGGUGUACGUGCCGCACCCCAAGCCGGAGAGCCUUCCCGAGCCCCUGGGGCCUGACAGCUACCCGCACGCCAAGCACCAGUACCGGCCUGAGAGCGUCCCUGCCCACGGCUACCACAGCAAGGCCGAGCAGCACCAGCCCUACCCGCCCCGCCCGGAGCCACCCGUGGCCGCAGGCGCACGCUACGGCUCCUAUGGCACGCAGGGCAAGGGCUCUGCUACGGGCCUGCACCCCAAGCCCCGCGGCCGCACUGACUUCGUGUCCUCUGUGAGCCCCACGGGGCUGCGGGGCACUGGCUACGCCGAGGAGGCCCCCCCGUACCCCACCAUCCGCAGGGUGCAGUCGCUGCACGUGCCCAGCCCUGCCGCCGCCGCCGCCAUCCGCUCCGUGCCCAUCUCCCGCACAGAGGUGCCCCCGGACGACGAGCCCAUGUACUGCCCACGCCCCCUCUACCAGUACAAGCCGUAUCAGCCCCACUCUGACUACCACGUCACGCAGCUCCAGCCUUACUUUGAGAACGGGCGGGUCCAUUAUCGCUACAGUCCCUACUCCAGCUCCUCCGGCUCCCCCUACUACGCCGCGGCCGACGGGAGCUUCUAUGACCUGGAUCCCUACAGCACCGUGCGGGUCCGGCCCUUUCACGGCCUGCCCAGCCGCGAGUUCGGCCCCUACACAUCCCGGCUGCAGGGCAAGGGGCUGUACCGCUACCCCAGCCUGGCUGCCUACCCCCGGGCAGGGCUCAUCAAUCACCUGGGCAAAGAGCACAGCUUCGUGAGCAGGGACGUGCCCCCCGCUCCGGACAUCAAGCACAUGUACAUGUCCUGGGACCUGGAGGACAUGGAGAAGUACCGCAUGCAGUCCAUCCGCCGCGAGAGCCGCACGCGCCAGAAGGUCAAAGGGCCCCUCAUGUCCCAGUAUGACAACGUGGCCCCGCUGCUGCAGGACGAGCUGGGGGGUCUUGACGCCAUCCACCUGCGCAGCAAAUCGGAUCCUGGCAAGAGCGGCCUGCUCACGGUGGCAGAAGGGAAGGAGGGCAGGUACCCAGCCAAGGCAGCCACACCCGAAGGGGAUGAGCGUUACUACGGGCAGCACACGGAGCCUGAGCUGGACAGAGCCCACUACCACGGCGGGGGCUAUGGGAACGGGCAGCCGGAGAAGCCGUCCCUGCCCCAGAAGCAGAGCAGCAUCCGGAACAGGAAGAUGCACGAGCCAGGUGGCGGUAGCAGCGAGCACAGGACGCAUUUGCAGCAGGACGCGAACCACAGGCAGCCUUCCGAACCCAAAAAUGGGCCCCCCUAUCCUGAGUACAGGCCCAAGGGUGGCCCAGAGCCCUCUGAGCCCAUGGGCUACCAGCACUCGGGCAGCAAGUACAUCCCAGCCAGCCAGGAGACGCUGAGGCUGAACCACAAGGAAGGGAGGCUGGCAGAGGACAGGCCAGACCUGGAGAGGCCCCGAGGCAGAGCGUCCAUGGAGAAGCACUCCAGAGACUGCUACAAGGAGGAGGAACACGCUGCCCCUCCUGUGGCACCACCACCCAAGCCCGAGCGGAGCCACAGCCUCCGGAUGCGGGAGCACCCCGAGCCCAUGGAGAGGGACUCUGCCCUGCUGUACCCCUACCAAACCCUGGGCAAGCGCCAAAGCACGAUGACUGUGGUGUCCCAGUACGAUAAUCUGGAGGAUUACCACACCCUGCCUCAGCACCAAAGAGGGGGCUAUGCUGGGGCAGGGGGCUUCAUGCCCCCCGGCUUCCCCCACGUGCACAGCAGAACUUACGCCACGGCACUGGGGCAGGGAGCCUUCCUCCCCACAGAGCUGUGUCUGCAGAGGCCUGAGACAGAGGUGCAUGUCGAGUGA